GUAUUUGCCACCGCAAGUGGUACCAACCAAGCUGCACUAGCUGUGCCUCGAGUGUUCGCGCUAAGGGCGGAGGGGACGCUUCCUGUUGGCGUAACGCACCAAGGUGACACCGCCUAUGGGUCCCGAGAUUUACGAUGGCAAGCACAAUCGAAGAGAAGCUCAAGAGCUACCGCACAGCCCCCUUUGAUGCCCGAUUCCCCAACAGCAAUCAGACGAGGAACUGCUUCCAGAACUACCUGGACUUCCACAGGUGCGAGAAGGCUCUGACUGCCAAGGGCUCGGACCCGCUGCCAUGCGCGUGGUUCAAGCGCGUCUACACCUCGCUGUGCCCCAUCGCAUGGGUGAAUAAGUGGGACGAGCAGCGGGCGGACGGAAAAUUCCCGGGCCGCAUCUGAGUCGCACGACGUUGCGUGACCGCUGUACAAAUAAUGUGACUGUCGGACAUCGAAGUCCAAGUUGUUAAGGGCCUCACCCUCCCCCCGGUGGAAGUUACUGUCUGCUCGUACAGUUGUGUGUAAGAUGUCUUCAAGGACCCAAUAAAGAUAAAAUGAUGAA